AUGACCUCAGAGUAUCAAAACACUGCACAAAUCGAUAAUAAUAAAAAACGAGGCGAGUUUAUCGCACUGGCAGUUUAUUAUCUCAACACUCACGAGAUAAAUAUGCAAAUUUUAACCUCAAAAGUGUGCGAGAACAAUCGACCGCUAGAAGAACUUUGCCUAUAUGAUUUUCAUGUUCAGAACCAAGGAAAAAUCGUGGACUUUGCCGGAUGGCUUCUACCAGUCCAAUACAAAGGAGCGAUAGCAGUCUCGCACCAGCACACAAGAACUCAAGCCUCGUUGUUCGACGUCGGCCAUAUGCUCCAGACAAUAGUCUGGGGCCGAAAUUCCGGAGAGUUCCUCGAGAGUCUAACCACUGCAGACUUAAAAAACUUAAAACCUGGCGGCUCUACGCUUACUGUCUUCACCAACGACCAGGGCGGGAUCCUGGACGACCUUAUCAUCACCAAGGAUGCUGAAGAUCGCUUCUACGUGGUGUCUAACGCCGGUCGCAGGGACUGCGACAUUAAUUUGUUCAACCAACGCAAGGUUGUUUCAAAUGAAACUUCAUCUUUAAAAGUUCCUCUAAUUAUUCCGCAUUUUAUCUAAUAUACCCAGUCAGCAUCCAAGUCAUAAAGAUUUCAGUAUGAAGUCUUUUAAAAAACUUCUUAUAGAAGUCCUAAUGUGACGUCUUAAGGAGCUC